AUUUUUAAUUGUUUCUGACACUCCCACCUCAACAAGCAUAAAACAAAACCAAAAUAAUCAAACAUGAUUCUUUGAUUAGAAAGAACUUAGAAGAAACACAUUUCAUAACAUAAACCAACCAAGCUAAGCAAAACAUAACAGAACAACCAUGUGCAACAGAUCUAAAUAAAAAACAAACAAACAAACACAUUGCAUUGUAUUACACCACUUGUACUUGUUCUUCUACUUCUUAGAUCUUCUUCUUUUUCUUCUUGUUGCUGUUACACUGGCAGUGUAAUCAACCAUGAUGAAUGGAAGGAAUGGAAGAGACUCUCUUUAUGGAUCCAUCAACCAUAACAGAAGAAGCCAUACCUUCAAUCAUCAUUCCAACAACCACCAUGAUGAUAACACUCUUGAUCUCUUCUCUAACAACCGUCGUUCUCUUUCUUUACCUUCUUCAGAUGACUCUUCUGAUGUUUCUGUUAAAUUGGGGAGACUCUCAGUUGGAGGGGCAAAACAGGCUAGAAAUGGGAUUGAGGAUAUGUUGUCAUCUGUAGAAGGAGGAAAGCAUGAUUAUGAUUGGCUCCUUACUCCCCCCGGGACCCCGGUUUUUCCAUCAUCAGAAAAUGAACCACAAUCAACCUUGGCGCCUCCAAGAAGAAGUUUGAGUAGAUCAACUUCUACUGCUAAGGCCUCAAGGCUUUCGGUGUCACAAUCUGAGAGCAACAAUCACUCCAAUAGACCAGCAAGAAGCAGUUCAGUGACUCGCUCUUCCAUCUCUACGUCACACUCUCAGUACAACAACAACAACUAUUCUUCAAACAGAUCCUCCUCAACAAAUAUUCUUAACACAAGCUCAGCCUCAGUUUCAUCUUACAUUAGGCCAUCUUCCCCGGUAACCCGCUCAACAUCUUCAACAAGGCCUUCCACUCCUACCUCUCGCACAACAGCAUCAAGGUCCUCAACACCCUCUAGAAUACGUUCAGUUUCCACCAGCUCCGCUGCUGAAAAACCUAGAACAACAUCACAGAGCUCAAGGCCAUCGACUCCUAGUUCUAGGCCUCAGGUUCCUGCAAACUUACAUUCCCCAUCCGCACCAUCAACUCGGUCGUUGUCACGCCCUUCUACUCCCACUCGUAGGAGUUCAAUACCAUCUCUAUCUCCUUCCUCUACAACAAGUUCUUCAAUUUCAGCUGGACGUGUUUCAUUGAACGGACGUAGUUCAGCGCCGUCAUCGCGACCAAGCUCACCAAGUCCACGAGUUCGGCCCCCACCACAGCCUGUUGUUCCACCCGAUUUUCCCCUUGAUACACCACCAAACCUCAGAACAACAUUGCCUGAUAGGCCAAUCUCUGCAGGUAGGUCCCGUCCUGGUGCUGGCACUUUGCGCGGAAAUAGUUCUGAAACUCAAGCGUCAGUUAAUAUGCCAAGGCGACAUUCGUCUCCUAUUGUCAGUAGGGGGAGAUCGACAGAACCUGUCAGUAAAAGUCGUGGCUUUGCCUCUGCCAAUGGCCAUCAUGCCGAUGUUCAUGAGCCUAGGAAAGUUUCACAUGCUCCUGAGGUAGUUUCAAGGAGAUCGGUUAAGGCCUCAACCACUACAACCGACAACACUGGAUUUGGGAGGAAUAUCUCAAAGAAGUCCUUGGAUAUGGCUAUCAAGCACAUGGAUAUAAGGAAUGGCUCAGGAAAUAAUCGUACACUAUCAAGUACUACACUUUUUCCACAAAGUAUUCGAAAUUCUACUCCCAAGAUCCAAUCUCACCGCGCUUCAAGUACUCCACCAACAUCCAUCGAAACAAAUGGAAACAUGCUAAGCAAAAACAAUGGAUCUCAUUUUGAUGUGGUAAAUGGUAUCAACAGGAAUAUGAUGAGAGGAAGAGAGGUAGAUGAAAGACAAUACUCAGCAAAAUUGAGUGAAAUUGACAUCUACGAGAGUUCUCGUUACGAUGCACUGUUGCUUAAAGAAGAUUUGAAGAAUACAAACUGGCUGCAUAGUGGUGACGACAAAUGUGAUCAAGGCUCCUUAUUAUUUGAUAAUGGAUUUGAGAACCUGCCUGAGCCUUUUGGACUCUUAUAGCCUCUAAAGAGAUUCAACUUGAUGCAUUUGUAACAUGUUAUUUAUGUUGUAAUUCUUAUCUCAUUUUUUGUGUGAAAGGAUGAGAUAUUUCAACUCAUAAAGCUCCAAAUGGCAAAGAAAGUAAAGACGCAUUGUAUGUUUUCUGCAAUAUGCAGAGAAAUCAGUGGAUUUCUUUGAUCUUACUCAUAUACAAAUAAUGCUCGAAAAAAAUUACAUGAAACAUGUCCAACUUUCUUGAGUGGAUGAGAAUUUUCAGGAAAUAGUUUUUGUAUGCAUUUGUCAAAAGACAGAUGUACUGCUGUAAGUACAUAGAGAUGGUAUGUGAUGCUUUGUGCAAACAUUAUGAUUGAGUGUUUAUUUUCCCCUUGGCAAUGAACAGUAUAGUUGAGUUUAGUUGCAUUUUGUUGGAA